CAAAUAAUACUAGUUGCUGGUUUAGGGUAUGCGCCGGUGGAGUUUGGCGGGGCGCGAGAUAGAAGCAUGUAUCUCUACUGCUUUCUGUAAAAGAUACGCUUCAUCAUCUCCCAAAAUCCAGCGGCCUCCGUAUUACCGUAGAAUUCACAAAUUUGACCGACAACCGAAGAACAUCCUGACGGAAGAAUUUCCAAAUGAAGGAGAUGCUUCCGGAGCUGGUGUACGAUUGUAUGAUUACUAUAAAACUGCUGAGCUAGUCAAUCAACUUCCAACGACAAAGGAGAAGAUUGAUUUUGUUAGUCCAUACGAACGCCCUUGGGCUAGACCAGAGAAAACCUGGCAUCGACCCUGGCAUCCCUCGCUGAUGUCUACUAGGAAGGCCUGGGCGCUACCUCUUGUUCCUGCAUACUUUGAUGUUUUGAAGUAUUACCAAUACCUCACCAAAACCCGCUUAGUAGAAGCUUCUCUUGACAAUUACUAUAGUGGACUUGUCCCACCUACUGCUAGUUACGAGAAAACCGUUCAAGAAAACUUGCGCUCAAUUUUGGAAUCUACCAGAUACGACUCAGAAGACGAGAGGGUAUCUGCUAUCCUAGCUGCCCUUAUAGAUGAAGCCAUUUUCAGUGUUGCUCAUAAUGUUCCUCGAUUAGGAGAUUACAGAGUUGCGUAUGAUGUGCAAAGCGAAUGCUUUUGGGUUCGAUCAGGUUUCAUGUUUCUCUACGACGUGAAAGAAAUAGGGAGCAACGAAAUCACACGGAAAAUACGCAAGAAUUCAAAGUUUAUCGGCGAUGACAGGCGUAAACUCGGCGAGCUGGCAUUCGUGUCCCGCGAUCAGCUGGCAGUUCAGUUGAGAUCGCGUGAACCGUUGGCGUCCUUGCAUUCACUAGAGAGUGAGGAGGCUUGUCAACCAGUCUUUCCAUCCGAAGUUGACAUAAACGAUGUGCUGUACUCCCCGAAGGUAAUGAACCUUUGGCCGGACGAAGAUCCAUUGUGGCAAUGUCCAGGAUACUUCGCUGAGUCAGAGGAAACGCAUAGCUACGGUCGGAUAGGGGCCAAAUCGCUUUCACUUCUGGACGAUCGGUGCGAGUAUUGGGCCCCUAUAGGUGAAGUGCCGGCAGAAGAAAAGACGGAAUUAUGGCAAGAGUGUGCGAAAGCUCAGGCUGUUGCGUCCCUCUUCACGACGCUAUGUGCACAAGCUCAUACUCACGGUUUUACGCAAUAUACGGAUGUGACUCGACCAUUCACGUCACAGAUGAUGCUUUCAAACGGUGUUGAUUUCGUAUUUGCCGUUGGACAACUCAAUACAUUGGCUAUGAAUAUUGAAUGUGAUGGCUUUGAAAAUCCCAGAACCAAUAUAUGCCAUGUUGAGUCUCCUAUAAGAUUAUACGAUGGCUAUAGCGAAGGAAAGUUCUAUCAUAUAUCUCCAGAAGGCGAAAAAGAAGGUCUCAAUUCUAAGGUUCUUCUCAGGAUUCUGCAGAUGUUAUUACGGGAUUGA